AUUCCCGAUGGAUGCUCUUGCCAUACUCUGCAGCGGUCGUGAGGAUCGAUGGCCACACUUCUUGCAGCCGGUUACAUUCGCUCAUAACACGAAUCCUGAUCUGGAGAUAGAUUCUAUGGCAGUUGAUACGGUGGAAUCUAUGAAGACUGCUCACGUAUGUGUCCGUCUUGCCCUCCUAGAUGCUCGCUUGAAGGCGAAGAACAA